AUGGUAAAAUUUGAAGAUAUUUCAUCAUCACCCACAACACCCACAACACAAGAAGGUACAACCACUACUACUACUACACCUAAGGCUACCUCUUCUUCUUCUUCUCAAUCAUCCCAUUCAUUUCAUUCUUUUUCUCGUUUGAAUCAUCAACAACAACCACAAGGAUUGAAAUUCCGAUCAUCUCCCUUUUUUCUUUCAUUACUUCUUGUCGGAGGAUUAGUCAUUCAUGGAUUUAUAUCGUUUCAUCCCAAUCUUCAUUCCAUUCAAUUCCUCUCAUCGUUUUUCAAGUUAUUUGUGGGUUAUCAAGAUUGGUUGAGAAUUGGAUUUUAUGGAGCGUUAUUGGUUCAUGUGAUUGAAGCUGUGGUGUGUUAUAGACAAAUUCAUUCAUUCUUUAAAACUCAUCAUGUAAAGAGAGAUGAAAGUGUGUUGUGGAAAUAUAUCAUACAGACAUUGAUUGUGGGAUUUCCAAGCUUUUGGGUAUUGCAUGAAGAAAUGUCGAAAUUUGUAAAGAGUCAUUCGAACUAG